GUGGACAUCUGUGGACCACGUGAGAGGAGUGUGCAAUGACUGCGUCUCUUCAGCGAGCAACAGUCUCGCGCAGUUCUCGAGAAGCGGACCCGCGUUCACAUUCCUUCAUGUAAUCGACCACUUACUCGCUUGUGUUGUCUUUCUUUUUAUUUUGCUUUUUUGGGUUUUGCUAAUUUUUUUCGCCAUGGCUUGGCCGUGCAUCAGCAGAGUCUGUUGUAUGGCGCGGUUCUGGAAUCAGUUUGAUAAAUCGGAUUUGUCGGUUCCGCUGACGAUUCAGAACUAUUCGGACAUCGCGGUGCACGAGGUGCUAUCCGUGACCAAACUGGUUUCCACGGAGCAAGUGCCGAGCAUCGACUUCGUAACGCCGGAUCAGCGCGACUCUCCCACGUCGCGGGAUGCUGCUGGAGUUAGGCGGCCGCACCGGGGAAGGACGGAACCGAGUUACAAACCCCGCGAGGACUAUCAUCCCCCGGGUGUGCCUUUCCAAAGCGUCACUCAGUAUAAACAGGAUUAUAAACCUUGGCCCAUUCCAAAGAAGGACAACUUUCCCUGGAUUAGUAACGGCGGGAAACGCGGCUCUUUAACGGACAACCCGGUAAACGGUUACCCGAACUGCACGAAUCAGCCGCAGGCGGAGAGACAGGAGCGCAGCGGCAGGCAGAGAGGCGGAGAUCAGAUGAGCUCAUACAGGCAAGAGUACCAGCCUUGGUCUGGAGCCCGGCCAUCCAAGCCUGGCCAAAAACGGCCCACCCUCCUUGGUACAGGCACCGAUGAGCCCUCCCCCGAGACCAGCUACCAGGCUGCCUUCAGCACGGACACACACAGACAUACAGAUGGUGUUCUGGAGACCAGCACACACACACAGCUGAGUAGUCUGUCAGAGAAAGCACACACACAGAGGACAGAGCUCAGCGUUAAACCAGAGGAGCAGGUUUUGAAGACUAAGCUGUCACCAAACCCAUCUGCUGUCUUUCAGAGCAAAUCCAGGAUCUUCAACAUAUGAUCCAUCAAGUUGCAAGAGAUGCAAACACAUUUUAUUCAGCCUUUUACUAAAAAAAAAAAAAAGGAUGUCUUAAGUGGAACGUUAAGAAUCUGGAGGCAUUAAGAGACUUGGAUGUAUAUCGUAAAUCAGGGAAAAAAGAACAUUUGCGAAUGAAGAGGUAAUUUCAGGAUUGCAGGAUCUUGUGAAAGAUGUAAAAUCAGUUUAGUUUUGAAAAGCAAAAUCAGUUUAAUGAGUCUCCAAAUCAUUCCACAGCAGAAAUAACAGAACUGAAGGAAUUUUGCUGAAAUUUACACAUUGUAAAUCUAUGCAAGAGAAUGUAUAUUUCAAAUGUUAAUCAUCUACUGAAAGUACAUGUUUGUAAUACACUUCAACUUUAAAAGUGAGUGAAAGAGUGUGAGAGAGAAAGUGUGUGUGAAGGAGUGACUGGGAAAGUUCUCACUAAAAAGACAGGCCUCAAAAUUUGCUGACUUUGCCAUGUCCUUCCUGAAUAAAAAUCUGCAUGUUUAAUAAUUUUUAUUAGUUGUUUGAAUAUGCAAUUUGUAAAAAAAAUGCAGGGGAAAUCAGCAAAAAUGUAAUAUGGUUCAUAGUGUAGGUGUGUACUGUACAAUCCUAGUUAAUUACAUAUUAUUUUUUGUACAUAGUAAUGUUGGUCUGCUUUUAUUGAUUUGUAAUGCCUGCCUGAGAAGACUGGAUGCUUUUAAUUGCUGUUUUCUCUCCAGACCCUUCUAGACCUUUAUAAAUAUAAAGAACUUAUUGUCUUUUCACUUAGACAUUGAUAUUAUUUCACUUUUACUGAAAUUGGGUCAGUGAAUGUCAAAGGUGAAUUGCUCAUGAGGGAUGUCCAAGUUUUAUUUUACAAUUUUGGUCUGGAGAGAAAUUAAGGGAACACUGUUUAAAUAAAAUUUACCUUCAUAAAAUUC